AUGUCAUUCGCCGACUUUUGCAAAAACAAAGUUGACUUAGACUUUGGUUUCUCAAACCUCAACACUGAAGUAAACUAUUAUUUCAAUGCUGCUGGAGAUGCUUGGGACCCAGUUAAGUUCACAUGCGAAAAAUUUGAAUGCAAGAGAAUAGAAAGCAGACUUGCAGUCUAUAUGUUGGACCCAGAUAUUUCAAAUGCUUUAGCUGCCAAAUAUAUUGCAGUUCCACUUAUGUUCCCUAUACACCAAAUAUCUGUCAAAGACUUUGCAGGUGAAGUUGGAAACCAAAGUGCUGACCCAGGUGCAAGAACAGAUAUUGCUUUAACAACUGCAAUGAAACAUGCAGAUACUAUGUUUGUACUGUUCAGACGAACUAUAAAUGACUAUUCUUGCUUCUACAACCCUGGUAUUAAAUAUCAUAUAAACAUAGAUGGCAAAUAUUAUCCAAGAGAAGAAUAUUCUACAGUUGAGGAUAUGAGGUCAUACAACUUGACAUUAGAUGCUAUGAACUUUAACAACAACUUCACAACAACCAUUAACCCUGAAAUGCAAAGUUCUAUUAUGCCAUAUGUGAAAGUAUGGACUCAUACAGGAGCUCAAAAAACUCAAUAUACAAAUGGAGACC